CCUCAUUUUUUGAAGAAGAUUAAACCAAACAAGCAAUCAAAGCCUUUGGAAGAAUGAGUACCUACAACAUUUCUCUGAGUGGGCCGGCCCCGUGGGGCUUCCGAUUGCAGGGAGGGAAAGACUUCAACAUGCCCCUGACCAUCUCCAGGAUCACCCCUGGGAGCAAGGCACAGCAGGGCAACCUGGUCCAGGGUGACAUCAUCGUGGCCAUCGACGGGGUCAGCACUGAGGGUAUGACCCACCUGGAGGCCCAGAACAAGAUCAAGUGUGCCAGCUUUAACCUGGCCCUCACCAUGCAGAAGUCAAAGCGCCCAGCUUUGCAAAGUGCCACCCCAAGAAUCGACUUUCCCAUGCAACAGAUCCCUCACCAGAAGGUUAUUUUCAACACGCCUGCCAACAACGACUACAUCCCCAACUUCAACCCCAAUGCGCUGAAGGACACUGCCCUGUCCACCCACAAGCCCAUCGAGGUGAAGGGUCCUGGGGGCAAGGCCACCAUCAUCCAUGCCCAGUACAACACCCCCAUUAGCAUGUACUCCCAGGACGCCAUCAUGGACGCCAUCGCCGGACAGUCCCAGUCCAAGGGCCACGAGGGCGGUUCACUCCCUGUAAAAGACGCUCAGGUAGACAGUGCCUCCCCAGUGUAUCAGGCUGUCAUCAAGACUGCAGACAGGGACAUGGAGUUGAAUGACUGGGCCCGCAGCUCCUCCCAGGUGCAGUCCAAGUCCUUCCGCCUCCUCGCCCACAUCACGGGAACGGAGUUCAUGCAAGACCCAGACGUGGAACAUCUGAGGAAAUCAAGGGAAAAGUUUGACACAGAAUUUAAAGGCCCACGUUUUGCCAAAUUGAAGAAUUGGCACAAUGGCCUGUCUGCUCAAAUCCUUAACGUGCCAGAAAAAAACCCUGCCCCGCACCUGUCGCUCUGCCUGCUAGCGCUGCUUCGCCCAAUCAGGUGGCUUCACCUGCUGCUUCGCAGUCUCCAGAGCCCGCCCCCCGAGCAGCCACCCCCAGCCACCCAGACACAGCCAGUGGCCCCUGAGGCCCCUACAGUCCCCUCUGGGGCACCUCGCCACCUGACGCAUGCAGCCUCCCAUAUCUCGUCUGCUUUGAUUACACAGUCUAGAAACAAGGUUUAUAAGCAAGGGCCACCGCCCACCUCUGCGCUGGAGGCUCUGUCAAUCACCCCAGUGUUCCGAACCAGCACUUUGCCCAAACGAAAGCGCACCCUGCCCUCUGGGAAACCCAAGCACCUGAGCUACAGCCUGCAACAGUCUGCCUCUGGUUACAGCUCCCAGUACAAAUCCUCAGUCUCCAGCCAAUAUGGCCAGGCUCCCCCCAUGCAACAAGCCCCUCCCAUGUACCAGGGGCAAUCCAUGUACCAGGGGCAAUCCAUGUACCAGGGGCAAUCCAUGCAGCAGGGGCCUCCCAUGCAGCAGGGGCCUCCCAUGUACCAAGGGCCUCCCAUGCAGCAGGGACCUCCCAUGCAGCAGGGACCUCCCAUGUACCAGGGGCCCCCCAUGCACCAGGCCCCGCAUAUGCAGCAACCUCCCAUGCAGCAGCCUCCACACAUGCAGCAGCCUCCUCACAUGCAGCAGCCUCCUCACAUGCAGCAGCCUCCUCACAUGCAGCAAAGCUCCAUCCAGAUCCCUGUGGGCCCUCCCCCACCCAAGGUGGUCAGCACCGCCUGCAUCGUGCCAGCUCCUGCCCCUGUUCCACCCCAAGCCGCCGCCCCUGAACCCCCCUCCAGCAGGCCCCCUUGGAUCACUGACGACUCUUUUGCCAACAAGUUUGACCCCAGCAAGACCACCAGCACCAGCAUGAAAGUGCCUGCUCUACCUCAGAGUGGCCCUGCCUAUAACCCAAGCCCUGCCCCCUACAACCCCACCCCUGCCCCUUUCAAUCCUGUUGCCCGGGGCGUGGCCCAAAGGGCGGAGCGCUUCGCUGCCAACAGCAACAGAGCACCCCUCUGUGGAGCCUGCAACAACAUGAUCAGGGGACCCUUCCUGGUGGCCCUGGGUCGAUCCUGGCACCCAGAGGAGUUCAACUGUCACUACUGCCACACAUCGCUGGCAGACUGCAGCUUUGUGGAGGAGCAGAACGCAGUGUACUGUGAGAACUGCUACGGCGAGUUCUUUGCCCCCACCUGUGCCCGCUGCAACACCAAGAUCAUGGGGGAGGUGAUGCAUGCUCUGCGGCAGACAUGGCACACCACCUGCUUUGUGUGUGCUGCCUGUGGCAAGGCCUUUGGAAAUAGCCUCUUCCACAUGGAGGACGGGGAGCCCUACUGCGAGAAAGAUUACAUUUCACUCUUCAGCACCAAGUGCCAUGGCUGUGACUUCCCAGUAGAAGCUGGAGACAAGUUUAUUGAAGCACUGGGUCAUACCUGGCACGACACCUGCUUUGUCUGUGCGGUGUGCAAUUUGAACCUGGAGGGCCAGCCCUUCUACUCCAAGAAGGACAAGCCCCUGUGCAAGAAGCACGCUCACGCCAUCAACGUGUAGAUGCUCCAUCUGCAGUUUUAUGGGGUGGUGGGCAGGUGUUUACGUAGCUAUGCCCAAGCCUUGGCAAAGAGCCCUGUAGAGGGCAUUGAUGCCAGUCAAAAUGAUGAAAAACACAAGCUGAAGAUGAUAGCAACAAGAUUGACUGUUCAGCAACCCGAUC